GACAUCAUUGCCGCUAUUGCACGAUUGUUUCUCUUAAGAGCGACUCAUGAAUGAAGUCACGUGACAAAACACGAUGACGUCCAAACAAGAGAAAGGAAACGAGGAGCGCCAACCCGCCCCCCAUCCAAAUCACAAACGGCAGACCUCUGAAAUGGGUGUUCUCCCUGUUUCGAGAAGAAACGAGGUCAAGUGGGUCCGCCGUUUGUGCCGAGCCUUUGUGUUUUUCUUGUAUUAUUAUUAUUAUUUUUUUUACAUGAACCGUCCGGCUGGGGUUUGCCACCUAUCGUCAGAGUUGCGAUAUUUUAGACAGCGGUGUUGGACUUUCAAAGUAAGAUAGUUGGCAUGUCUUGACACAAACCCCGGGCCCUCGUUUCCGCUCGUGUGCCUUGUUUAAUUUUGAAAGCGGAAGUGCUUUGUUUGCGCCUCGUAAAAGUGAGGCAACGAGAGCUCAUCUUUUGUGAAAAAUGUCCGUUUUUUUUUUUGCCGGGUCUUAGGCACGUCGGCGCCGGGAGAGACGCGACGCGAGGAAGCGUCGGUUAGCUCCCCGAUGUUUACCGGGGGCUGGGGAGGGGGGUUCCUUCCCUUGCGUACCGCUUGUUUAUUCCGUAGGCGGGGGAGUUUGACACUUUGACGCGCGGAGGGGGGUCGCGGAAUGUCCGAGGUGUUGGGCUAGCUUCAACUCAUGAGAACCUGUCGCCGCUUCAUCACCGCGCCGUCAAAGGGGGAUUACGGUGUCCCGAAGCGGAUCGUCCGCAAAGCCAAGACAGAGCAGCCGGCGGCGCGGGCGGACGCGGCCUCGGGGCAUGACGACUCCAAACAAGGGAAACAAGGCCUUAAAGGUGAAGCGGGAGCCGGGCGAAAACGGCACCGGCCUGACGGACGACGAGCUGGUGAGCGUGUCGGUGCGCGAGCUGAACCAGCACCUGCGCGGCCUGACCAAGGAGGAGAUCCUGCAGCUGAAGCAGCGGCGGCGCACGCUCAAGAACCGCGGCUACGCCGCCAGCUGCCGGGUGAAGCGCGUCACGCAGAAGGAGGAGCUGGAGAGGCAGAAGGCUCAGCUGCAGCGGGAGGUGGACAAGCUGGCCGCGGAGAACGCCGGCAUGAAGGCGGAGCUGGACGCGCUGCGCUCCAAGUACGAGGCGCUGCAGAGCUUCGCCAGGACGGCGGCGCGCAACCCCGCCGCCUGCGCCCGCGGGCCCCUCGUCCCCGCCAAAGUGGCCGCCACCAGCGUCAUCACCAUCGUCAAAUCCAAAGCGGGGGCCGGGUCGUAGUAGCGCAAAAACGGUCGGCGCCUCCGACGAGGCGUUCCACUGGCAAUCUUGUUUUCGGGUGCGGCCGUUGUUGAUGUUUGUCCGAAGCGGAUCGCUUUGUUUCCCUUUCAGCACCUUUUAGCCAGUACCGUCCCACCAGACGUGAGCUCUGCAAUUGUAUUAGGCCCUGACUGGCUCCAUCCAGUCUGUUAAAAGACAGAACCAACACCCUAACAGACACCAUUUUUGACACGUGUCACCGAGCCUGAAGACAAGACUGACUCGACCAAAGUUAUUCGAGAUAGCGGCUCUUUCGACUCACUUCACAAGAAGUCGUACGACAAAUGGUGAACAAUUCACACCCCGGCCCCCUUAAACAAAAACCUCAUUGAUUGAAUUUGAGGUCGCUGGUGAGAAGGCGCGUGCGUCAAAGAGGAGAGGGGCUGGCGCAGUGAUUUCACAGCGCCAACAGCAAUCGGCCGAGCACUCCAGGUUACUUCCUGCUCGGCGGCGACGCAAGCACUUCCAAACAUGGGCGCGUUCCUUGGGAUGCCGUCGCCCUUGCAUGCAGACACCAAGAAAAAACAAGUCCGGCGUGAAAAGGCCCGUUCCGUUGGGCCACAACAAAAUCAUCUUCGUGUAUGAUGGUGGCUUUAGGAGGGGCCCCCACCUCAACUCCAUUCUUUUAGAAUACCUUCUGUUGUUUAUAGAAAUAUAAGGGGGGGGGGGGGGGUAAUCUCUGACUGUUCCCCCCGUUUUCUGUUGCAAUUGUACCAAAAGUGGCUUACGAUUGAAGUCCGCUAGCUUUUCUCUAGUGAGUCUAGACGCGUCCUGUGAGCUCGCGCCUGAUGUGACGUGUUCUUCAAGUGGCAAGUCUUUGGCAGCGUUGUCGAUCUCAAUGGCGUGCUAUUUUUGCAGCCGGUCUGUAGAGCUAAACUUAGGUGGCGUAAACAAGGUCCGCUUGUCGUCGUGGCAUCUGUGCUCCCCUGCGCUCGCUUCGUCGUCCUCCCGCUCUUCCUCUGAGAUUUUUACUUCCCAAGCCGAGGAA